GCGGUUAGCCUGGGAAGGUGGUGGGGUGGGUAUGGCGGCCACGUUCUUCGGAGAGGUGGUGAAGGCGCCGUGCCGAGCCGGGACGGAAGACCAGGAGGAAGAGGAGGACGAGAGGAGGGAGACGGCCGAGGACAGGGAGGUGCGGCGGCAGCUGGCGCGGAAGAGGGAGGUGCGGCUCUUUCGAAGACAAACAAAAACAUCGUUGGAAGUUUCUCUGCUGGAAAAAUAUCCUUGCUCCAAGUUCAUAAUUGCUAUAGGAAAUAAUGCAGUAGGUGACAUUUUGUCGUCAUUUGUUAUGACAGGAGUCUGGGAAGAAGUCGGUUGUGCCAAACUCUAUGAAUGGUGUAGAACAACGGACCACCGACAUCUUUCCCCGACGGAUGCCUUUUGUGUGUUUUAUCAUCUAAAAUCGAAUCCCUCGGUCUGUGGCUCUUGUCCAAGGAGAACAUGCAAGUGACUGGUGCUCACGUGGUCGACAUGUUACUGGACUAUAAAAACCGCAGAAUCUACCAGCAGCAGCCUCCAUUCUCCCUUUCCUAAGCCCCUAAAAACAGAGAAUUUCAAAGAGCCUCCGUGCGGUUCACUGCUAGAACAACAUAGUGUGCAUGAUCUUCCUGCCGCAGUUCUGAGUUACUGCCAAGUGUGGAAAAUCCCUGCGAUUCUGUACUUGUGCUAUACUGAUGUGAUGAAGUUAGACCUCAUUACAGUUGGAGCUUUUAAGCCUGUCCUUUCUUCCAGAAGCUUGAAAGGUUUGGUUAAGAAUAUUCCCCAGAGCACAGAGAUACUGAAGAAGUUGAUGACAACAAAUGAGAUUCAGAGUAACAUUUACACGUGAUUCCAGAGGUGGUUUUGUACAGUGUGUUAUUACCCACCCGUUCCUUUAAAGGGAGCUACGUGUCCCGUUUUGUUGGUUCCUUUUUUUCCAAGGGGGUCUUUUGAGGGUGUUCAAACAGAAUAAACUUUUUUAAAUUCAUUGUA